GCUGUCGGUGCCAUGCUGCUGACCUGAUGACGGAAGGCUGCAGCCUGCGCACCACAAACACAACAGAGAGGGGGUUUCCACGUCGCACAGGCUGCUUUCUGCUGGUGUCUGCUGCAAAACAACUUGUCAUUAGUACCGGUGUCAUCUAACGGGGACCGGAGCAGCUAGCGAUUUGUGUCUCUGAUUAGGAAGGGCAGUGAUACCAUGUGGGAGUCACAUGCACGACAAGGAUGAGGCAUAAACAACAAGGGGGCCCCUUCAGGAAAGAGCCACUGCACACUGUCCAUCACAGUGAGGGGGUUUGCUGCUUGUAGAGGCCCUGCACAAGCAGCCACCCCCCCCAACACACACACACACACACACACACCCUCCUCUGCUGAACAUAUGCAAUGAACAGCACCACUGAGCCCCCUGCCAUUGUGGAUGGAGAUGUGGCAGUCAGCUAUGUGUUGGUGCCAUUUUUCUUCAUCACCAUUAUUGGGAUAGCUGCAGCUGUGGUCAUGUAUAUUCGUAAGAAAAGAAGGAUUGACAGACUCCGUCAUCAGCUGUUACCAGUUUACACAUAUGAUCCAUCAGAGGAGCUAAAUGAAGCUGAGCAAGAAAUGUUGUGGAAAGAGGAGGACACAAGGAUUGUACAAAGUUGGGCCAGAAGUUAUCAACAGCGACGCCCUCUUCUGACCAAAGAUGUCAAUGCAUGACGGCGGUUAACCAUGGCUUAGGACAUUACCAUUGUGGAGACAACGCAACCACAGAGAUCAGUCAUUUUCGAAGUCAUGCAGUCAGUCACUCUUUGUCCGUCUCGUUGGUUUUCCGUCCCUACCGUUUGCCGUUAUCCAUCAUGUUUUAUGUACAGACAGAUCGUUCAUUUCUGUGGUUCUGAUUCCAAAUCCCGUGUGCCUAAUAGACACAGUACCAUCAAUUAAUUUAUUUGAAAUUAUUUAUUCAAACCUUUGUUUUGUACUGUGGUAUUCAGUGAUAUAUGACUCAAAGGUAAGAAAGGUGGAGUCUUUCUAAAGAUAUAGGUCCCUGUGGGUUUACUCUUUUGUUUACGUGCAUGAUGUUGGAGUGGGAGGUGUGUGGCGAGCGGUUAUCUUCCUGUGGGUUGCAGUAGGCAUUCGCACUGACUGAAAUUUAGGGGCAGUGUUCACAGUGUGGUAAGGGUACGAAUGUUCUGCACUAGUUUAAAAUCAUCAGUCUUGCAGUGAGACGUUUGCAAUCAUUGCAUGGAUAGGUUGUUGUGAAGAGGUUGUUUGCCGUGCAUUAAAAAACAAAUAUGGCUUCUUUGGUAGAUGAUUUUAGUUUUCAAGUUGACAUGAAACACUGUAGUAGGUCUUUUAAAUUCAAAGUUCCAUAUUGAUAGUGAUAUAUUUGAGAGAUUUAUUAACUAGAUUAGAUAGGUUGGGUGAAUUUUCAGUUUCUUUUUGAGUCAAAGAUUUGGACGUGCCCUUUUUGUUUUGAAUUGCCUCCCCACGCCACACGAUCCGGAUCCUUUUGUGGUUUCGCCAAAUCCUAUGACUCCUAUCAAUGGCAUGGAAAGACAGAUAUGGGUUUAAUAACACCAACCCCCUCACAUCCACAAAAUGAGCUGUGACUCGUGCCCUGAAUAUGUCCUGUCUAACUGGCAUGACACCAACAUAAACGGACCUCCAGCUGAGGAUGAAUGCCAUGGGUCUGACUGUAUCAAGCACUCAGGAAACCUUGCUCUGUUUUUUUUUUCUUGACGAAUUGUAACCUUUAUUUGCCUUUGCAUUUGUGAAUGUAAUCCUAAUACAAUGAGGUAUUCUGUAAGGGGAACAUUUAUUGGUUAUGAUUAUGUCUUAAGGGUAAUGCCCAGACUUGAUCUCAUCUAGUAUCACACCUAGAUGUGUUUCAAAAAGGGGAAUUGGUUUUAUUAUAGGUUUCACUUGCGAUUUGUGGACCUAAAGACAUAUCACCGAACUCGGUUUAUUAUCUAUGCAUUAUCUGAAUGCUCUAUUUUAUGUUAAAAGACAAAAUUAUGAAGGAUAAUCACAAUUGUAUCUAUAUUUAUAUCCAACCAUACCACUGGUUUGCACUGGUAAAAACACAUGGAGCUCAGGAUCCACAUGAAAAGAAAAAAUAAACUACUGAUGUAAAUGUGAAUUUGGCAGCACUGUAAAAAAAAGAAUGUCCCUUCAGAUUGUUUUACCAGUGUGUUGCUUUGAUUGGGGCCGUUUAAUUGAACAUGAAUAAAGUGAUAUAACUCGU